AUGAAAGUCUGUGCUCCUUUCACUCUUGUCUUGGCUCUGACUCUGAGCAGUGACUGUACAAGAAUGCACUACAUACCUGGGGCAGGAAGAGGCUCAAAACAUGAGUUCACUCACCCACAAGUGUUUACAGAGGAUGGAAAUUUAUGCAAAUUUCCUUUCCGGUACGGUGGAAGGUUUUAUCACUUGUGUUUGUCGAAUCAAUUUUCCCAAAAGAAAUGGUGUUCAACAACACAUAACUAUGACCGGGACAGGAGAUGGGGACACUGUGCUUCGUUGCCCAAACACCACUCAGAUCACUGUGCAAACAACCCUUGCCAAAACGGAGGGACCUGCUCUCUCACUCAUGGCCAUAGGAUGUACCACUGUACCUGUCCUGAGGAAUUCACGGGCAAGGACUGUCAGAUGAAGAAAUGUUUUGACAACAGUCUCUACGAGCUCUUUGAUGUGGGCAUGAGCUGGUCAAGAGUCCAACAAGGAGCUGUGGAGCAGUGCACGUGUGUGAACGGCCAGAUUGAAUGCAGGAGUGUUGAUCACACAAGUUGUGUUCAUGAUGCUUGCAUGAAUGGUGGAGAAUGUAAAAUGGUUACCUUCAGUGGGAAAAUAGUAUGUGAUUGCAAAGGAAAUUAUGCAGGAAAGUAUUGUAAUAUUGUUCCUAGCCAUCGGUGUUAUGUUGGCAAUGGCACAGAGUACAGAGGUACAGCAAAGACAACCAUUUCUGGACACAGCUGCUUGCCUUGGAAUUCAGACUUGCUUUACCAAGAGCUUCAUGUCGACAGUGUUGAGAAAGCAGUACAGCUUGGCUUGGGGCCGUUCUCUUACUGCAGAAAUCCAGAUGAUGAUGAGAAGCCAUGGUGUUACAUCAUGAAGGACAACAGUUUGUCUUGGGACUACUGUGACAUUCCAUCUUGUGCAAGCAGGGAAAGGAGGCCACCAGUUCCAGACAAUGUAGAUAGCGACACUGUUACCAGAAGACCAUGUGGGAGAAGACACAAAAAAAGAAGUUUUAUUAGACCUAGAAUUGUUGGGGGAUCUUCAUCUCUGCCUGGAUCUCAUCCCUGGACAGCAGCUAUAUAUAUUGGAGAGAGUUUCUGUGGUGGAAGCCUUAUUCAGACUUGCUGGGUUGUGUCAGCAGCACACUGCUUUGCUAACAGUCCACUAAAAUCCACUAUUAGAGUAGUUCUGGGUCAGCAUAUAUUUAAUAAAACGACUGAUAUAACACAAACAUUUGAAAUAGAGAAAUACAUCUUGCAUCCUCAGUAUUCUGUGUUCAACCCUACUGAACAUGAUAUUGCUUUGAUUAAGCUGAAGAAGAAUGGUCAACGUUGUGCCACCAAGUCCCAGUUUGUUCAGCCCAUCUGCUUGCCGGAAAGUAACACUGUUUUUCCUGACCAGUUCAAAUGUCAGGCCUCUGGAUGGGGACACAAGCAUGAGAAUGUAUCUGCUUAUUCACACGUCCUGCAAGAAACACUGAUUCCGAUUAUUCCUGAGGAGAAGUGCAGAAGCCCUGAAAUUUAUGGAACAGAAAUCACUGAAAAUAUGUUCUGCGCUGGCUACUUUGAUAGCAAAUCUGAUGCUUGUCAGGGAGAUUCUGGUGGACCUCUGGCCUGUGAGAAAAAUGAAAUCUCUUACCUCUAUGGAAUUAUCAGCUGGGGAGACGGCUGUGGCAGAGUCAACAAACCUGGAGUAUAUACACGAGUGACGAACUAUGUGAACUGGAUUAAUGAGAAAAUAGCCCCCCGAAAAACUAGUUGA